AUGUUGGCCAGCCGUGUGCUGCCGCCAAUUCAUCCUCGCCCUUCCUCUCCUCCUCUCGCGACAUUUUACAACAUUCCCAGGAGAUACGCCAGAUCGAAUAUGCAAGCCAUUGAGCAUACCCCGUCUCAUUCGUUAAUGGACGACGUGAAGCCCGUACGAUCACUGCGGAAAACAAAAAGAUCGUAUGAAUGCCGCUCUGCGCCUACCUCGGACCCGGCUCAGAAAGCAGAUAUGGAACUACCAUCGCCAGCUUCGUCCAAUGCUUCUUUGGCGCAUGGCAACAAGAGAAGUGCAGCAUCCCGAGACGUUGGCAAUGGUGUGGACUCGGGGGAAUUGAGUGACCCUGAGAACUCGAGAGGAACACGCAGUGCAUCCUCAUCACCAGGAGAACAUGUUUGUCUCUGUCAACCGGAGCCCAAGAUACCCCGCCCCCGCAAUGCAUUUAUCCUUUAUCGACAGCACCACCAACAUGCCAUCGCCGCCGCAAAUCCUGGACUUCCUAACCCUGACAUCUCCAAGAUCAUCGGAGAGCAGUGGAAGGCAGAGAGCGACGCUGUCAAGAAGGUGUGGCAGGAUCUGGCCCAGGAAGAGAAAGACAGACAUCACGAACAAUACCCUGACUACCGUUACCAACCACGGCGGUUGGGAAAGCCGCUGAACCCAGCCGUUGCGCACACCACUGUCGACAAGUACCGGUGCCCUAAAUGUGGUGGGCGUAGUAUUAAGACCCCGUCACCCUCGAGUCCCUACCCAAGCAGUGCAGACACUCCAACUCUGCCACCGCCCAGGUACUCGGAAAGCCUCACCCCGAGCGUCCGCCUGCCCUCUAUUAUGAACAGUCUAAGCAUGGACUCCCCAGCUCGCCGCCGAGGAACCAGCGGUCCGUCCGGCCUGAGCAAUAUCCAAAUCCCGUCCACAGUCCGUGAAGACGGGUAUGGCUACACGCCAAACACGCCUGAUUCCAAGAGACGUCGUUUCAACCCGUACCCAAUGAGCAGCAACGGUGGUCGCAGGCUAGACGGCGCGUACUACCACCACAGCCGCCGUGACUCGCUCCCUCCCCUGCAGAUGCGCACCACGCCACCGCAAACAGCCACCAUGCCCCAGAUGCGCACGCCGCGCGACGUCGGCCGCGGCUCCGUCGAUCUCAACCUCAUCGUGCCCUCGGCCAACGAUCAAAGCCGCAGCGUCGAAGCCAUGGUCAUGAGCGUGCCGUACACGGUCAAAAUCAAAGUCCUAGGGCGCAUCACGCCGCCGCUCAAGGAGCCCGGGCCCAGCAGCCCCGCCGUCCAAGUGCGCGGCAGCAUCAUCGCGGUCGAAGGCGAGGACCAGGCCGCAGUCGCGGAACUGGCGGCGUGGCUCAACGACUUCCUCGCGCGCGACAAGGAGUACGCGCCGCGCGUUGCGGAGCCGCCGAAGGAGCCGGCUGGCAAAGUCGACGUCAGCUUCGAGGACUACUUUGGGCUGAUCCAGGAAUGGCAUGGCCGGAGCAAGGAGAUGGUCAAGUACAUUACGACGCCUGUUGCACUGUCUAGCCCGCCGAUUCCCAGCGUCAAAUCCCCAGCGUCGGCGUCGGAUACGGACAAGGACGAGACGAUGAAGGAGACCACCUCCAACACCACGCCACCCACUUCCCCCGCCCCCUCGGCAAAACCAGUCCUCAUACUGCCCUCGUACCAACUCCGCGCAAGCGACGUGUACGCGAGCAGGAUCCCGAUCCAAGACGUGUACAGCCCGAUGGACCACUGGCAGUGGAUGGCGACGCUGUGGCGCGGGACGGUGGGGCCAGACUUGACCAUCUACAUCAAGAGCGCGGACAAGGAGAGCCGGGAGGGCGGGAAGCUGGUCGAGGUCAACGAGGAGGUGCGGUGCAUGACGGUGGUGAAGGAGGGGGGUGGGGAGUUUCGGGAGGCGGCGCUGAGGCGGGUGGGGUUCGAGGUGGGCGAGUGGGUGAGGGGGCUGGGUGGGGGCAAGGUCUAG